UUUACUUCCGCUUCCGGUUCCUAGUGUUAACUUCUACCGGGGUUCAGCGCUCGGGUGAGGAGCUGGUGGCGUCGGCAGGUUCCAGGCGAUUCGAGGUGAGGGGGUCAAGCGGAGAGGCUCGGAGUCGGAGAAAGCUGGCGCGACCCAGCCACCCAGGGUCUGGGGUCGGUGGGAGGUCCAGCUAGGAUGAUCGAGGUUGUUUGCAACGACCGUCUGGGGAAGAAGGUCCGCGUUAAAUGCAACACGGAUGAUACCAUCGGGGACCUUAAGAAGCUGAUUGCAGCCCAAACUGGCACCCGUUGGAACAAGAUUGUCCUGAAGAAGUGGUACACGAUUUUUAAGGACCACGUGUCUCUGGGGGACUAUGAAAUCCACGAUGGGAUGAACCUGGAGCUUUAUUAUCAAUAGAUGAGAAUCCUCAUCUUCCUGCCCCGCUUUGCUCUCCCAUCCUCAUCCCCCACACUGGGAUAGAUGCUUGUUUGUAAAAACUCACCUUAAUAAACACUUAGAUGUUG